AUGGCCAGUGAACCACCACCACCAUACCAAGCCCGCGAUUCUUCCACUCCCGCACCGAUAUCGGCAUCAAGCCACCCAGCCACUUUCCAUAUCGAGUGUCCCAAGCAACGCGACUACUACAUAUACUCCGGCCCUGACAAAGAUACGUUCAUUAACGUACAAACAAACGAAUGGAUAUCAUCCGAUCUCGCAUUUUACAGCAGCAACGCACCAACCCGUGAAUUGAUCACCUGCAACUUCAAGGAAACGACAUGCUCGGUUGACAAGGCCGACAUCAAAACGCAGAUAGGUCAAAAGGAAACAUUAUGGUGGGCGGCGUGUAUUGAUCCCACGAUCCCAAUUUCCGUUCAAUACCGGUUUAAGGCUCGAGUGCAGAAUCCAGCGAAUCCAUUCGCCGGUAUUGCAGGAGUUAACGCUACGAGUCCGCGAUCCUUUGAUUGGGAAUGUCAUGAGGGAUCGGAAUGGAGACUUGUUGAUGAAUUGACUGGUGCUGUGGCUGCUGUUGUGCGUGAUGUCGAUUUUGCCGCGGGCGUAUAUGGCUCGAUUGAGCUUUUGUUGUCUUACGGUGAUACGUUCAGUUUGAUAGUGUUUUCGUCGUACCUUACGAUUUGUGAGAAGCUGAAGCGGGAGGCUAAGAAGCAUUGGAUAUGGUAG